AUGGAUUUCUUAGGAAUCAAAAACAAUAAAUUCAUUAAGAAUAAAGAACUUAAUAGAUAAUAAGAGGAAAUGUUCUUGAUAGAAGAUAAUUUAUAACAAGAUGAUAAUGAAACACAUAUUAUUGUUCCAGAAUCUCCAGAAUUUAAAUUCAUUUAAACAAUUAAACAAAAAAGAACUUUUUGA